AUGGUGAAAAGUAAUUGUCGUCCAAAUGAAGAUACUAUGAAGAUGUUGAUCUUAUCAUUCUUGCAAACGGAUGAUUAUGAUGGUGCUUUUGGUGUUUUUAAAGAGAUGAUAAAGAGGCCUAUUGGGCCUGAUUUGGUUGUUUUGAGUGGGUUGUGUAAUGGGUUUUCAAAAGCUUCGAAAGAUAGAUUGGUUAUGGAUCUAUUAAGGAAGGUUGAUAAUGGGUGUUUUAGUUAUGAAGGUUAUGAGAAAGAUAAAAGCAUUAUUUGUGACUCUAACAAUGAAGGUAAAGAACUUGAAGAAAAUGUGUAA